AUGACAAGGUACGGUACUACUCUCCAAAAUGCUGAUGGUGAAAGUAACCCAUCUCCUCCACCUAAAAGACAAAAAACAACUAAGUCUCAAGCUUCCAUUUCAGUGCCUCACUCCCAACCUGCAUCAUCUACUGCAUCUGGUGCGACCUCUACAUUUCCAACAUCAUCUAGUGCACCACCUGCUUCAACUACGGGACGUGGACAUGGCCGUGGCCGACCGCCAGGACGAGGUCAAGGUCGUCCACCAGUCCGAAGACAGCCAUCAAUCCCAAGGGGAGUUGGUAUUUACACAUGUCCUUUCACAGAUCGGGUGUUUGAAGUGAGAGGAAGCAAAGCACGAGAACUUGGACAUUCUCAGGGACCACGGCAACUCUAA